CGGUGGUCUAAUAAUGCGGAAGACUCGGGUUCUCGAAUUCUCGAAGGUCGGUGCCGAUGAUGGCCGAUACCUAAUCAGCUGCUAGCCACGGAACAAGUGACCUUCUAUGACGGCAAUGGCGAUGUCAACAUUAACAGAGACGGCCACAGCAAGAGUGCUUUAGCAAUAGUGACAGCGACGGCUAGCCAAAUGCCCCUGCCCGCGGAAACAACCCCCCGCGGAAACUCCGCGGAACUGGCAAACAACAUCAUCCUCGAUACCGUUCACACAUAAUCCGCCUGCUUGCCGCUCUCACUGACUUACCCACGGAAACUCCACGGCUACCCGACGUCUUCCAUAUUAAAUCUUAUCACCCACACUGCCAUUCUUGCCUGUCUUGGCUAUGCCAAAGGAACGGGGCCUGCAAGCCAGGGGCAUCCAUCCUCGCACCCCUCGCACCUCUCGCCAGCGUCCCGUCUCUUGCCAAUUCUGCAGGUCUCGCAAGCUCCGAUGCAGCAGAACCCUACCCUGCUCCAACUGUCUAUCUCGCGGUAUUGCCUGUCGUCUCGAUCCUGCCACCGACCCUGUUGCUCCUGCCGUUGUCGCUGCUGCCACUCCUGCGCCUUCCACCGCCUCAGACCGGGAUGCAGUGCAGGCUGACAUGCUCGAGCGCCUCCACCGACUGGAGCAGCUCGUAACACAGCAGCAGGCAACUCAAAGCCGCGUUGAGAAUGCCCCCAGCGAGGGGCCGGCAGAGGAUCUACUGAUUGUCCCUCGUGUGCCACCUCCGGCCACCCCGUCGCCCUCCGACAAGCGCCCCGACAGCUCGCCGCGCUUGCAGCACUUGAGCGACGACGUUGCUUGGCUUGAGCGGGUGUCUAUUGGGCAAAGUUCCCACGACCGGACCUUUCCUGAUACCAUUGUCUUCAAGAUCGGCCCCAUUCAUGAUCUUCCCAAGGCGCCCAGUUACAUCAGCCAGCUCACCCCAGGUGCGGAACCAACCAGGUGUGUGUGGCUUCCGCAGUACCAAGAGGCCAAGAUCCUGCAGGGCAAGUAUAUAAACAACGUCAGCUACAUCCAUCACGUCGUCCACCUUCCCUCAUUGCCGGCAUUUAUCGACAAAAUCUACGUGCGAUUGACUGCCCAGGACCGCGUCGAGCCCGGCCACUUGAUGCUGCUUCUUGCCAUACUCGCGAGCGCAACCUACACCUGGACCGACCAUGACCAAGACUGCGGACACAAGCCAUUUUCAUCCUCGGCCGAAGCAAACAGCCAGGCACCCUUCUGGGUCAGGGCGACCCAGGACGUGUUCGACGCAGCCCAACGUUCAACUUGCCUGUCACUAGAGCUACUCCAGGGUGUCAUCAUUCUCUCCUUCGUCGUCUGCAAUAUUGAGGGGAUUUCGCUGCGGUACCGCUCCUUGAUAUACUCCGCUCUCCUGAUAGGCCGCGAGUUGGGUCUCCACCGCUGCGACCAUCCGAGCAAUACGGGCACGGCAGACACGGUUCGGGCCGAGAUUGGUCGGAGAGUGUGGUGGUAUUUGGUUGCCACCGAUUGGUUUCUGGCUGCGAGAUCUAGCGGUCCAACCGAAGGCAUCUAUCAGAGUAAUCCCCACCAUAUGGUAGUCAAUAAACCUCGCAAUAUCAAUGACGAAGACCUGUCCGAUGGGGCCAAUAUUGUCGAGAAGCCGAUAUCUCACCCGACAGAUAUGUCCUAUUCCUUGCAAAGGAUCCGUCUCGCCGAGCUCACCCGCAGCAUUGUCGACCGCAACCACCUCCUAGGCAGGCACGGUUGGGGUCACGGCGACAUCAUGGCUAUUGACGGCGAACUCGAGCGGUUCAUGGCCGACAUCCCCCCCUUCUUCAACCUGGAGACUGACGAGCCCAACCACGACCGCUCCCCGCGCGCCCACGGCAUCAUAAUCCAGGCCUACAUGCUCAACUCCCUCGUCCACACCCACCGCUGCAAGCUGCACCUCCCCCACCUCGCCCGCGGCCGGCAGCCCUCCUCCGACACUGACCCGGACCCCGCCCACGCCCGCUCCCGCGACGCCUGCCUCGACGCCGCCCGGCUCAUCAUCCGCACCGAGACGCGCCUCGAGCGCGAGGACCACCCCUUCGUGCCCACCCGGCUGCGCUUCCCGGGCAUCCUGUACGGCGUCUUCGUCGCCACCAUCGCCCUGCUGGCGGACGCGUGUGCUGGCGGCAGCGCUAGUAGUAUCGGUGUCGGUGUCAGUGGUGGUAGUGAAGUCGCCGACGCGAUCCGAAUCCUCGGAGACGCCGCGGCGGUGGGCCGGUCUCGCACCGCCGCCGACCUGCUCGAGUCGCUGACCCUGGUUCUCCGGAAGCACGGGUUGCCGCUUCCGCCCGGGCUCCGCCGGCGGGGUCCGCUGCCGCGGUCGCCUGGGGGGAGUGACGAGGUCGACGGGGGCAACGACGCUGCUGCUGCGGCGCGGUUGCGUGAUGAUCGCGGCGAUGGCGCCGUCGAUAUGGCGGGUCGGUCGCCUGGUGGGAAUGAGCGGAUGGCGUAUUCUGACGAGCUGGCGCAGAUCUUGGAGGGGUGGGCGGACCUGGAGGGGUUUCAGUGGGAUGGCAUCUUUUCUGGGAUCGAUUCUUCGUCCUUCUUCUGAGCUGCUCGCCAGGGUCUGACAGUCGGGUCACUUGACUUGGCCUUUAUCCAACUUGCCUUACUUGGCUAUUUCAUAACAUGGCUUGAUUACCUACUUGCAAGUAGAGUUUGUCUUUGCGGGCAGGUGCAAUUGGCUAUUCGGGUAGGGGUUCUGGGCUGCCAAAAAUCUUUAGAGAGUUGGAGCAUGAAAAAAACCCGCGACUACGACGGAAUGGCGAUGGCAACGGCGUGGGCGGCAAUCGGCGAGGGCAGGACUGGAGGGUAGUCCAACUUGCCCUCGAAGAUGUCCACCGAUGUGGUUACGCUGCAGUUUUGUACAUACUCCUACCGCAAGGAGCCAGCCGGUGCCCUCGAAGAUGUCCACCGAUGUGGUUACGCUGCAGUUUUGUACAUACUCCUACCGCAAGGAGCCAGCCGGAGCCCCAAAAGUCCAUUUCUCGCUCGAUUUUUGGAAGGAUGGACAAGUUUAGUCGGGAACUAGACACAGG